GCUCGAGAUGGCGUUGGUGCCCGGCCCCGUGCCGCGCGGGGCCGCGCGGUGGGGCAAACGCUAUGCAGCCGGCGCCUGCAGGGCAGCAGGACAUCCACGCCAAGGCCGCCGAGCUGCUCCGGCGAGCCGCCGCCGAGCAGGACGUGGGGCAGCGCAUCCGCCUGCUGCAGGAGGCACAGGACGUGCUGCUGCGGCCCGAGGUUGAGCGGGACACGGUGGGCUCGUGCCUCGAUUACUUCCUGAACCUCCAGGCGGACCCGCACGUGGCGCUGCGCCGCUACCUUGCGCACUUCCUCGAUCGGUUGCUCUUCUGCCAGCCGGCUCUCGCGCUGCGGUGCAUCGCGACGGUGGCGUCCCUGCUCGGGGACGCUGACGUGUGCGUGCAGGAGCUGGCGCUCAGGGCUGCCACGACCCUGCACGGGCGCGCGAUGCUGCUCCUCUCGUCGGAGAACGAGGUGCUGCAGUUUCAGCGCUACCACGAGCAGCUGCAGAAGCUCCAGGAGGCGAUCAUGGCUAUGCUCCAGGGCGGCUGCCCCGGCAAGCCGCGGAUCUUCCAGCUGGCCGCAAGCUGGGCCAAGGCCUCGAUCCUGGUGCAGACGCCCAGCCCGCUGGCCCUGCGCGUGCGCGUGCCCCCCGACCUGCGCGGCGCCGCCUGCCUGGAGGACUUCCCGGAGAAGGCCCUGCAGCACCUCGACUUGGGCAGGGUCCAGCAGCAGGCCGACGAGCGCCUCGACGCCCUGUGCCGGCUCCUGGAGGCGCCGCCCCCCGAGCUCGGCGGGGCGUGGCCGCGCGGCCAUGCCCGCUCGCUGCUCUCGGCCCUGGGGGCCGUGGCGAGGCAGCGCCCGGGCCGCCUCGGGCGGGUGCUGGGCGCGCUGUGCUGCUUCCUGCGCGAGGGCCAGGUGCCGCCCGAGGCGCAGGCCGCGCCGGCGGCGGGGAGCGGCCCGGCGGGCCGCGCGGGAGGCGGCGCGGAGCUGCGGGAGCUCGUCUGGGACGAGGUGUUGCGGCUGCUGGCGUCCAACCUCACCGCGGAGAGGCGGGCCGAGCUCGUCGAGGUGCUCCACAGCGCCGGCCUGGCGGGUCGCCUGGAGGACCUGGCGACCCAGGCAAAGUAUAGGCAACUCUGCGCUGCCGCGGAGCGCUGGGGCACUCUGGGCAGCGAGCCGAAGCCCAAGCGGCGGCGGACGACCUUGGCCCACCGGCUGUGGACAGGUGCCAAGGCACAGGCGGGCCACGAUGGCCCCGCGCGUGCGGACGAGGACGCUUUCGAUGGCGACGCGCAGCUCUGCGGCGAGGCCGAGGGCGAGUGCCAGAGCUUCGAGGAAUACUUCGGCCUCCCGAGCCAGCGGGAGCCCGCGGGCCACGUGGCGGCGCCCGCACUGCUCGCGAGCCGAAACAGCAACGGCGCCAACCUGGCGCGCAUCGCGCUCACCUCCCUGAGCUCGCUGUCCAUGAAGCGCAGCCUCCUGCGGGACAGGGCGAACGAGCGCGUGAUCGCAUUCAGCGAGCCCGCGCUCAAGGGCGUAAAGUCAAAGAAGGAGGCCCAGUCGGAGGGGCGUUCCGCAGACCUGGCCCUCUUCAUCGUUGGGGCACCAACCGAGGACGCCGAUGGCACCAAUGGUGCGAGCGAGGACUCCCGAGAGGCGCUGAAGAUAAGAGCGGCAGCGCCACAGAUGCUCCCACCUGGACCGCUUGGUACUGGGGGCAGUGGCGACGGUCCGCUACUGCCCCUGGAGGGGCCCGCCGUGCAAUUGGCGAGCCAGGUGGCGGUUCGCGAACAACUGCAGCUGCGCCUGUUUCGCGAGCUGCUCGAGUCGCAGCGGCGGAUGCACAAGUCUCUACUGGCAGCCAGCAUGACUGACGAGCAGCUAGAGAAGUUCCAGUUCGUCAGCCGCCAGGUUGCCCUCCACUUGGCUGCGGGCUCGCAUGGGUCAGUCAGCUACGGGCUGCAGCGGCAGAUGUGCCAGGCCUACAUGCUGAACGCCUUCGAGGCCCUAAAGCUCGCCCUCGACCCGCAAACGGCCACGCCUGGUGCCGGCCCGGCGGUGCUUGGGACGCUCGUGGAGCUCUUCUUCGCCAAGUUCGCCGCAGACGUGGCGCGGUUCCAAGAGAACGCCGGACACACGAAGAGGGCCGCGGCCGAGGCUGCGGCAAAGACGCCGCUGCGGGACAUCCUCGAGGGCCCAGGAGCGAGGGCGAAGGCGACCGGUGGCAUUUUCACGUACGCCGAGCUCUUCGGCGUCUUCGUCGCCGAGUUCGAGCGCAACGAGUUGCCUCGGCGAGAGAUGCGCACGUUCCUGAACGAGAUCCCCGUCGUGCCGCUAUCUGCGUUCCGACUGCUGGAGGCGCAGUGUCAGGUGGCUUCGACGAGAAAGAUGGCUCUGCUGACGGUUCUGUCGCUGGUGGACAACAAGCCCUCUUGCCGGUGGCACUGCUUGCAUUUGCUGUUCAGGCUAGCCUACUCUGGGGGCGACGACAGCAGCAUCCGCUUCGACACGAUCCGGCUCGUCAUCAACAAGAUCUACAACUCGGGCCCGCGGGCCCCGAUGCGGUGGCAGCUGCCUCACCUCAGCGAUGCGGAAGCAGCAGCAGCCGCGCUGCAGGGCGCUGGGGGCGGCGCCUCCUGGGAGCUGCCCGACGACGACUUCCUGCCUCUGGAGAAGCUCAAGGGCAGGUGCAUCGAGGAUGUUGCAACGCUGAUGCUUCGCUCCAUGGCGCCGAGUGCGGCCAGGUUCGCCCUGCCGGUGAACGUGCCGCUGCGCGUCGAGCAGCUACGAGGCGACCUCUUCAAAGGCGCCGUGUGCGUUCCCAAGGACAGGGUGUGGCUGUAUCUCGCCCUUUGCAUCAAACGGCCUGUCCUGCUCCACGAGCUCGUCGAGACCUUCACGCUGUGCGACCCGGACAUGAAGGAGCACCUCGUCAACUCCAUCGAGGAGGCCAUCAAGUACAUCCCCGCCUCGGAGCAGGAGGUGCUCUCGCUGGUGCGCAAGGCGACCCCGGAGACCGAGCGGCUGGUGCUGAAAGUGCUGCACAUCCUGAUGCAGGCCAGCCAGGGCAAGGAGGGGCAGCCCCUCUGCCCCGAGUACGGGGAGGCGGUGACGCGGCUGUACGGCGCCACCUCGAACCCGCGCCUGCUCGUGCCCGUCUUCGACCUCCUCGACCGGAAGAACCUGCUCGACUUCCUGCCGGCCGUCCUGCAGCUGGAGGAGGAGGAGGUCACGAACGCCUUCAGGCAGCUGGUGCACAGCCGCUCGCCGCCCCUCAGCAUCUCGGAGCUGCUCACGGAGCUCCACCACAUGAACACCCCCACGGAGAACAUCGUGCCAGUCAAGUGCUCGAUGCAGGCGCUGAACAUCCUUUUCGCCAUGCGGGAGCAGUUCGAUCCGAAGGUCUACGGCAUCGUGGUACAGUCGCUGGUGGAGGAGCCGGGCCGGUUGCCCACGCUGUUCAUGCGCACUGUGAUCCAGGUCGUGAAGGAGCUGCCCCGGCUCGCGGACUUCGUCGUGGUCGAGAUCCUCCCCCGGCUGGCCAGGCAGGAGGUACUGGGCGACGACAACAUGCGGCGCGGCUUCAUGAUCGUCCUGCAGCACACGUUUGCCAGCCAGCCGGCCGGCGCCGCGAGGGUGCUGACGAUGCUGCCCAUCACGCAGCUGGAGGACGUGCUCGUGCAGCACCCGGACUGGAAGGCGCCGCUGCUGGACUACGCGUCCAGGCAGCCCGCGGGCGUCGUGCCGCCGCACGUCAGGCAGCUCCUGCAGUGAGGGCACGCCCUGGGGGCGCGGCUGCACGUGGCCCCCGCGCCGCCAGGAUGCACCGCGUGUCCAGCCUGUCGAAGUCGGGCCCCCAAGUCUUGAGGGUCUCUCGAGGAGUGGCGGAUGCCUCACCGCCCCCGAGGGCGGGGAAGGUCUCCACAUCCACCGUCCCCGGGGGAUCCGGCCAGGACUGCGGCACUUGUGGACAUGGGUGCCUCCUGCCGGUGCAGGUUCUGCUCCUCCCUACUCCUCGUCCCUCCCCCUUCCUCCUGUCUCUCCUCCUCCAGCGCCGAGGAUACAUCAUUUCCGUGCGCCCCGAGAAAA